ACAUUGUGUUGCUAUGAGAACCUGGAGUUAAUUACUAUGAUUUACUGAUGAUUAGAGAGCUGAACAGAGAUUUUGUCAUUACAUUACCACUCGCUGCCAGAACCCGACCGUGGUUUCCAGGGAAACUGGAAAAUGUGAAGCUUUUCAAUAGACACACAGCCACAGCUUAAAGAGCGAGGAUUGCCUAAGAUAGAUUCUUCUAGAGACAAACCUGGAGCCACUGCAAUCACUAUCAAUCAUCAGAACGGGGGAGAUACACGGACAGAUGUGGGUCUCGAUCAACGCUGAGAUUUUGCGAUGUUUGACCCAAAUGUGAGAGAGAGUUAUGGAGAGACUUCAGUCUGACUUGGACUGCUGAGUGUGUCAGUGCUGUGUUGUGCCCCCGCAGGUACUUCCACCACUUUCAUGCAGAGACAAAAAUGGGAAGUCUGAAGGACGAGAUGAGAGGUCUCAGAGAGGACCACAAGCCUUGUGAGAAGACAGAUGAUGGAGAGCGUCCAAGCGGCUCAGAUGGCAGCGCUGUGCCGGAGGGACCUCAGAUAAACACGAGUCAAGAGUCAACAGCUCAUCAGCCAAAACUUCACAUGAACGCCAGCCACGUUGGAGAGGGAGACGAGAAUGCAAAAUCCAAAGAUCAAGCGCUUUCAGGAGGGGGUUUUGUUAAAGAUUGUACGCAGACUAACGCCAUCCCUCUGACACAACAGCCUGAAGAUGACAAAACAACAGCAGCACAUAACGACAAGACAAUCUCUAAUAAGUUCCUGAGUGAAGCUGGAGAUGGUGAAAUUCAGGAGAAGAUGCCUAAGGAUAAAAACGUGGUUUCUCAUGACAGAGAAAAAGAGAAUUUAAUUGAGAAUAUAUUGGUGUCUGUGCCAGCAACUCCAGGCCCCUCAGACCCACGUUCCCCAGCUCCUCCUGGCCAGCAUCACAUGCGCACACAGGUGAGCCUGGAGGUGGUUCAGUGUCAAUCUGCAGCCACCAGCCCCAUGACGCCUCCUGAGGGUGGCCAUUCCUUCUUCUUCCCGAGCUCUUUUGGGAAGUUCGGAGCUAAAGAAGCUGAGCUACAGGUGAUUCAGCAGGUGGAGUUCUGCUCUGUGGCCACAUCCCCCAUGACCCCGAAGACGCCCUCGACCACAGCUUUCCCAGAGCUCAUCGGCAUAGAGACGGUGCAGAAGGGGGAAGGAGUGAAAAACAGUGAGGCACAGAGGGAGAGUGGCCAACAAGAGGGUUCCCCUGCGACAGAAAGUCUAGAAGAGGCUGAGUCAGAGAGAACUGGAGCUUUGAAAUUGACCACAUCAAAGGAGCCGAGUGAGGACUUCAGCUCAAAUGCAUCUCCAGGGAGCUCCGCCAGCUGCACCGCCGCCGGGUUAAUAGUUUCAACUCUGGAGGAUAGUCACCAGCAGUGUAAGCAGCAGAGGAUGGGAAGUAUGGAUCAAGACAUAACAAUCCUGGUGACCCUCCAUGGCGACGAUGAGGAGGAAGACGAGGAGACAUCUUCUUAUCCCGUUGAGACAGAGAUGAUCAAAAUAGAUGAAUACGAGGAGAACGACGAUGAUUCAAAGGAAAAUAUCUCCACAGAAACUGUUGCCCCUGAUGUACAGGACACCUCGAACACAAACCUUCCACCAAACAAAACAGAAGAGUCCUCUGUUUCUGCUCGCAACGAACCAAAAGCAGAUGUGAAGGCUGAAAAUUCAGAGAAAGGAAACAAAGGUGCAUGCGGAGAGUUGAGAGACGUGACUAAGCCCCCUGUCCCUGAAUCUCCAGCUCCCUUCGGCUGCCACAACAUCCGCACGCAGGUGAGCCUGGAGGUGGUGCAGUGUGAGUCUGUGGCCACCAGCCCCAUGACCCCUCCUGAGGGCGACCAGGCCUUCUACUUCCCCAGCUCUUUGGGGAAAUGUGGCAGCGUGGGCACGGAGACUAAAGUUACUGAGCUGCAGUUGGGUCAGCAAGUGGAGUAUCGCUCCGUCGCCACAGCACCCAUGACCCCGAGAACGCCCACCGUCAUGACUUUCCCAGAGGUCAUGAAGGAUGUGAGCAUAGAGGAGAAGAUAGUGGAGGAGGAGGAAGAGGAUAAAAAGGAGCAGGCGGUGGAGGACAAAGAGGAGGAGAAAGUGACCGAAGAGAAAAAGGUGGAGGCAGAUGAAGGGGAUGCAAUAAAUUGUAAGGAGAAAGCUGAGGAGCCGGUGCAGGAGGUGAGCUGGGAUGAUAAGGGGAUGACGUGGGAGGUGUACGGUGCGGUGGUGGAAGUGGCCGUGCUGGGCUCGGCAAUCCAGAAGCACCUGGAGAAACAGGUGAAGAAGCAGAAGCCCUCCAUGCCUCCUCCUCCUCCGCUCAACCCCUCAGCCAUGCCCCUCUCUUCAGAGUCCAUCCAAGGGGGCUCUGGCUCGGGUUCGGGUUCAGGUUCUGGUUCGGGUUCGGGUAAGGGUCGUGCGGGGAAGAGGGGAGAUCGGGACGGGGAGGUGAGCCGACGCAGGAGAAACCCCUUCCGUCUGCUGAUGGAGAACAUGCAGCAGCCACAUUGUUGCUCCAGAGCUCACACCGCUGAGUGACACAAGGAUCCAUCCUGUGGAGAAAACAACUGCUGGUUGGAGGGAAAAAAAACAUCACAUGAUAUAUAUGUGUCUGUGAUAUACGCUGAUUUACGUCACAUUGUCUUGAAAGUGUGAGCAGCAAAUCACCCCCUCGCGCGAGACAAAAAAAGCACAAAAGCAUUUAAUAAAUAAACUUCUAUCAUGGAGCAUAUUGAGAAUCAGCCAUACAAGAUGGAGUUUCCUUUUUUUCUUGGAGCUCCAUGUUUGGAAAAAUGAGGGUUUUUCUUCUUUAAUGUUUUUCACUCAAUUGUCCACUGAGUCAUUUUAGCUGUUGAUGUUGUUUUUUUUAAUACACCUCAGACAAUAUGAAGACAUGACAAUCCUUCUCCUGGUUGCUUACAAGCUGAGAGAGAAGAUAGUAGAGGAACAGUGACAGUUUUGAUUGUGAUUUAUGAACUCGUGUUCAGUCUCUACAACCUGGAGAUCAUUUUUGUUUCGAAUGUACGGAAGUUCAAAUUGAUCUAAAUGUUACCUUGGGGUGUGUGAGAAGAGUCCCUACCAUUAGCACAGGCUUUUGUAUGUCUUAUAUUCUGCUUUUAGAUUUGGCACUAUGUUUUGACUUUGUUUGUAUUGUGAAAGGCAUAAAAAUGUACAAAUGACGAGCACAAUCGACACCUGAUAUGAGGGUAUUUUUAGUCCUUACUUACUGACUUAAUGUAUUUUAACGCCAUGAUUAGUGAUUCAGUGAAACUUAUUUUAAAUGUGUUUUAAUUCAGAGGUUGUUACAGUGUUACAGUGAUGUUGGUGUUCAUACGUUAAAUUCAUGAACGUGGGAUCAAAUCCACAUUUGGAGAAAUUGAUUUUAUUCAGAUUGCACUUUGUGAUACAUUCAUUUAGAUGUCAGUGAACAGUGAAAUAAUCUUUUCAAUCCGCUGCUUGUAGGAAGUCACUCUGCAUGAGGUUUUUAUUAAGUAUCUCAAACCCAAAGCAUACACUGACAAGUGAAGCAGACAAAAGUUUUAAACCUUUUGGCUGACAUGCCGUCAUAAAUAAGGAAUUUAUUCAUACAUUGACAUUAUGCAAUAUUUUACCUUUUUUUGGAUUUUCUUUUUAGUAGCAUCAGCUGCAACAAAAAUUGACAUUGUGUGUUGACAUAACGUAUAAUACAGUUUAUUUCAAAGCAAACCAAACAGUUUUUAAACCGUCGCUGAAUAUAUUAACAAAAAUAAAGUGAUUUCCAUGUGCAACAAA